AUUUAUUUUGAGUCAGAAGCAGGACUCUUGGUUCAAACAACUCUGUACUCAUUUAAUAAAAUCUUUAAGAAAUAAGUAAAUAGAGUACAGUACAAAAAUGGCACCAAACAUAAAAGAGGAUAUACCACUUCCAAAAGAAGAAGACAAACCUUCAGCAGUGGAGAAAAAGCCAUGGAAUUACCAGAUAGUGUACAUCAAUGUACUAAUCUUCGCAUACUGGCAUAUUGGAGGUUUAUAUGGACUGUAUCUGUGCCUCGAUGCUAAAUGGCCUACCAUUUUAUUUAAUGUGUUCUACUACAUCCUCGGUGGCUGGGGCGUCACCGCCGGCACUCACCGGCUCUGGUCCCACCGAGCUUACAAAGCGAAGUUACCGCUGGAGAUUCUGCUCAUGCUGUUCCAGAGUUCGACUGCACAGACAUCGGUCAUCCAUUGGUGCAGAGAUCACAGGUGUCACCAUAAAUUCUGCGACACAGACGCCGACCCUCAUGACUCCACGAAAGGGAUGUUCUUCUCCCACAUGGGCUGGCUGAUGGUGAGGAGACAUCCAGACGUCAUCAAGAAGGGAAAGACGAUUGACAUGUCGGACCUUACCAGUAAUCCGGUGUUGCACUUUCAACUGAAAUACUACGUGUACCUCAGCGUAUUCUUCACCUUCCUGCUACCGGCGCUAGUCCCCUACUACUUCUGGGCCGAAUCCUUUACCAUCGCCUACCACAUCUCCCUUCUCCGUCUCGUCAUCUUCUCCCACGUCACCUUCUGCAUCAACAGCGCCGCCCACAAAUACGGCUACAAGCCUUACGACAAAAACAUCACUCCUACACAAAUCCCCGCACUGUCUUUCGCCGCUUUAGGAGAAGGAUAUCACAAUUAUCACCAUGUCUUCCCGUAUGACUAUAAAACAGCAGAAUUAGGAAACAAUUUUAUGAAUUUAGCAACAAAUUUGAUAGACUUCAUGGCGUGGAUAGGAUGGGCUUAUGAUUUGAAGAGCGUUUCUGAAGAUAUGGUUGUAAAGAAAAUGAUGAAGACUGGAGAUGGAACUGAUCUGUGGGGGAGAUUGCCGGAGAAUGAUGAUUAUAUUUGGGGAUGGGGGGAUCAAGAUAUGUCAGAAGAAGAUAAGAAAGCUUUGCUACAUUUUUAAUAAAUUAUAUUUCAUAAUUUACUACAUUUUAAUGAAUAUCUAAUAUUCGUAUUCCUGACCUUUCUGCUACUGGUGCUAAUUCCCUACUACUUCUUGCCCCGUAAUCGAAUGUCAUUUCUACGACGCGAAACGAAACGCCGCAGGAAGGUAGUCUGGCUCUGUCGCGCCAAUACGCAAGAGUGGUAGAGAUAGAUAGCUAAGAAAGAGAUAUUAUCGUGAGCUUUUCGUGAGCGUGUGCAUUCGGCUAC